UGUGUGUUUUUUGAAGGGUUUUCGAGUAAAGUUUGUAGAUGUUGUAGGUUAGAAGCUGUAGAUGUUUACUUUUUACUUGCAGUAAAUAUAAGAUUAGAGAUGUUUAAACAUGAUUUUAAGUUUUAUAAAAGGAGACGUCCUCCACCAGAUUUGUCAGGAGUUUUAGACUUAAGCAAAGAUUUUUGCAGUAGUGCCGUAAUAGCUAGAAGAAUAAACCAAACAUGUGACGAUAUGAUACGAGACGGGCACUGGGGGUUGAAGCCAGUAGACGAAUGGAGAAUGUACGAACUGACCGACAGGCAGGGUUUGUUGUUCAUACCAAACCCUUUCACUGCCCUUGGACAGAGAUACUGGGUUUGUCGCUGUCUGAAAGACUUUACUUGUAAACCACAAAAACUGAACCUUGAUGCGCAUGGAGACUUGCAGGAUGGACAGAAGUGGUGGGACACAUGCAUGAAAGAUACAGAAAGAGGAAAGUCACUUCUGCAGAAGUUACGAUGGGUAACUUUGGGAUAUCAUCACAACUGGGAUACAAAGUUGUACAGCGAAGAUUCUCGUGGCCCCUUCCCUGAAGACUUGGCUGUGCUGUGUCAGUACAUCGCCAGAGUGGUUGGCUUGAAUGAUUUUUCUGCUGAAGCUGCAAUUGUGAAUUACUAUCACAUGGACUCCACAUUGGCUGGACACACAGAUCAUUCCGAGCUCAACAAAGAAGCACCUCUAUUUUCUUUUAGUUUUGGUCAGAGUGCUUUGUUCCUGCUUGGUGGACUCAGUGUGGAUGAGAAGCCUGCAGCAAUGUUUAUCCACAGUGGUGACAUUAUUAUCAUGUCUGGAGUGAGCAGACUUUGCUACCAUGGAAUCCCUCGUAUUCUGUCAAUGGAUAAAACACCGUGGAAUGCUGUGGAUUCAAGAGCAGGGUGCAUACAGAGGGAGUGUUGUGAUGACUCAGUUGUGUGUGACACAGAGGACUAUGGGAGUGCAAGAAGAUGUAGGAAAGAAACAAACUCAACAUUCUAUCCAUCUUGUUUUAGUUCUGAAAUCAUUCAUUCAUGUACAGAAAGUUAUUUUUGGGAACCAUUUGGGAAUUAUUUAAGGACUUCAAGAAUUAAUAUGAAUGUAAGACAAGUCCUUCAGCCAGCCAUGAAAAGUCUCCCACAGCAGCUGUGAAGUAUAAGAUAUGUACCAUACUUAGCCACCAAGACAAAGAGUUUUCAGAUUUUUAAAAGUUAUAAAACUAAGGAACAUAAAUUUAAGUGCUAAAUUUUUUAUAUUGGCAUUUUUAUACAUUUUAAAGUUACAUUUUUGAUACCAAAGUUUUUGCUAUAUUACACCAUGGGUGAAAGUGAAAGUGAAAGAGAAAGAAAGUGUCAGAAGCCACAACUUGCUGUGAGGUUGCAAAAGUAUUAGCAAAUUUAUGAAACAAAACUGGCAGUUCCCUGAUAUAUAUGAUAUAAGAUUUUGUGCUAAUGCAAACAUCUCUUUCUGUAGAAAGGAAGAUCAUGUUGAGAGAGAGAUACUGUUGUGAAAGGGUAUAAUUUGUCAGAAGUGUUUGGUGCAGUUACGAUCAGAAAAUAUGGUGAUUAAAUGUGCAAGACAAAAACGGUUGUGACAUAUCAAGAAAACAUAUAGGGAUGGAAACAACAGAACAAAGAAUGUAAGAAUGCCAAUUCUGCAUGAUAAUUAUUCAGUGGCACUAACUGCGGUUAUUUUUAUGAAAUUGAAGAAGAGGUUAUUAAGUUUGUGUGAACUCUUAAGACAGAAUGAAAUGCCAGUUUCAUUACACUGAAAGCACAAGAAAUUGUAAGGUUGUUGAAUAUCAAGUGGCAGAAAUUUAAGACCAGUAGAAGGUGCAGUUUGUUUGAAUGAUGCACAGAAACAGGUUUUCUUUAUGCAGAGGGCUUCACGUUGCCAAAGGCUACCUUCAGACUUCAAGGAUUAACCUUUUUUCUUUCAGAAACAGGAUUCAGUAUCUGAAAGCAAAUAAGUACUAACCCAGAUAGGCAGUGCCAUUGAAGCACCAGUGUUUUUUGAUGUGCCAUCCAGGCACUGUAAAAUCUGCCAAAAAAAAGGCAUAAGGCAGUAAGAAAGAUGUGACUGUCAUGUAUCACCAGAUGGCAUGAAGCUACUAUCAUAUGUGAUACUGAAUUUAAAAUCUGUUUACUACUAAUCGUGUGUGAAACUGAGGGAUGGGUGACUUAAUAGGAGACUGGUUACAGGUUGUCUGGAAGAGGAGAUCAGGAGUUUUGUUGAGAAUAAGAGGAAUGAUUGUGCUGGAUGCAUUUAAAAGUAAUUUAACACUGGAAGUCACAUUUGUUAUUCAACCAGUGAGUACUAGCCUUUGCAGUCGUACCUGACGGGAUGUCCUCACAACUACAGGCUCUAGAUGUGUACAGUGGAGUUGCAUCUUACAUGGAGGUUAUGUUCCAAAGAUGACACAUAAAUCCAAAAUUGUUUACGGUCAGAAUUACCCUUGAAAAUCCCUGAAAUUGCCCAUGAAGUACAUGCUAUUGUGUACACCCUGUAAUAUGUAUGUAUAUAAUAAAGAGUACAUAAUGUAUAGUAAAA